GUGUCAUGGCCGCCUCGAAGCCCGUGGAGGCCGCUGCGGGCGGGGGCUCCGCCGGCGGAGGGCCCGGCUCGGGGCUGCCGCGCUGGCAGCUGGCCCUGGCGGUGGGGGCGCCGCUGCUGCUCGGGGCCGGCGCGCUUUACCUGUGGGGCCGGCGGCGGCGGCGGCGGGCGGCGCCAGGCAAAGGCGGCAAAGGCGCGAGCGAGAGGAAGACGCCCGAGGGGAGAGCCAGCCCGGGGCCGGCCGACGGCUCGGGGGCCGGCCACCCCGAUGGGCCCGGCGGAGACGAGAUGAGCCCUCUUGAUAGAGCCCAAGCAGCAAAGAACAAAGGCAACAAGUAUUUUAAGGCUGGGAAAUAUGAGCAAGCCAUUCAGUGCUAUACUGAAGCCAUCAGUUUAUGUCCUUCUGAGAAAAAUGCUGACCUUUCCACCUUCUACCAGAACAGAGCUGCAGCCUAUGAACAACUGCAAAAAUGGAAAGAGGUGGCACAAGACUGCACAAAGGCUGUGGAGCUUAAUCCCAAAUAUGUGAAAGCUCUGUUCAGGCGUGCCAAGGCACACGAGAAAUUAGACAAUAAAAAAGAAUGUUUAGAAGAUGUCACUGCAGUCUGCAUUUUAGAAGGGUUUCAAAAUCAGCAAAGUAUGCUGCUAGCAGAUAAAGUUCUCAAACUUCUUGGGAAAGAAAAAGCCAAAGAGAAAUAUAAGAACAGGGAGCCCCUGAUGCCUUCGCCACAAUUCAUCAAAUCUUACUUCAGCUCUUUCACAGAUGACAUUAUCUCCCAGCCUCUUCUUCGGGGGGAGAAGUCUGAUGAAGACAAGGAUAAAGAAGGAGAAGCCUCUGAAGUAAAAGAAAACUGUGGCUAUUUAAAGGCUAAGAAAUACAUGGAAGAAGAAAACUAUGACAAAAUCAUUAGUGAAUGUACUAAAGAAAUUGAGGCUAAAGGAAAAUAUAUGGCUGAAGCCUUGCUGUUGCGAGCUACGUUCUACCUGCUGAUUGGUAAUGCAAAUGCUGCCAAACCAGAUCUGAAUCGGGUCAUUGACAUGGAAGAUGCCAAUGUAAAGCUUCGUGCUAAUGCCCUCAUAAAGCGAGGCAGUAUGUAUAUGCAACAGCAGCAACCUAUGCUCUCCACUCAAGAUUUUAAUAUGGCUGCUGACAUUGAUCCUCAGAAUGCAGAUGUUUAUCAUCAUAGGGGGCAGCUGAAAAUCCUGCUUGACCAAGUUGAAGAAGCUGUAGAAGAUUUUGAUGAAUGUAUCCGUUUGCGGCCAGAUUCUGCCUUGGCACAAGCACAGAAAUGCUUUGCACUGUACCGGCAAGCUUACACUGGAAAUAAUGCUUUGCAAGUACAAGAAGCAAUGAAAGGCUUUGAGGAUGUUAUUAAAAAAUUUCCAAGAUGUGCUGAAGGCUAUGCGCUCUAUGCCCAGGCAUUAACAGAUCAACAACAAUUUGGAAAAGCUGAUGAAAUGUAUGAUAAAUGUAUCGAUCUUGAGCCAGAUAAUGCUACUACUUACGUUCAUAAAGGUUUACUUCAGCUUCAGUGGAAGCAGGAUUUAGAUAAAGGUUUGGAACUUAUAAGCAAGGCCAUUGAAAUUGAUAAUAAAUGCGACUUUGCAUAUGAGACGAUGGGGACAAUUGAAGUGCAAAGAGGCAAUCUGGAUAAAGCCAUUGAAAUGUUCAACAAAGCUAUUAACUUGGCCAAAUCUGAGAUGGAGAUGGCUCACCUCUACUCGCUCUGUGAUGCUGCCUAUGCCCAGACAGAAGUUGCAAAGAAAUAUGGAUUAAAACCACCAACAUUGUAAAAGAAACAAUGGGGGAGGGAAAUAAUCUUUUAAAAAGUAAAGCUGCCCACUUCGACCUUGCCCUGAAGACACUGUUGCAGUGUGUUGAAUGGUGAUUUUUUUUCCUGUUCCGUGGUGAUGUAGUUAUCUGUUAAAUGUUUAGGUGUUGUGGGAGUGGCUGUGCAAGAAAGGAAGCAGUUUGUUCCCUCUGCAGCAAAUAAUUGUUAAAAGGAGAUUAAAAAGCAAGAGUUUGCAAAGGGAUCAAAGAUUAUUUUGGCCAUGCAAAUAAAAACCCUUUUGACUCAUUUUUGAGGGUGGCUGUUGUGAGUGAAUGGUUCUAUCUACAAGAGUGAUUUUUAAAAAUUUAAUA